AGAGAGCUAGAGAGAGAAAGAGAAACGAGAGAGAUUUCCUCCUCCUCCCCUCUUUCUCUCUCCAAAAAGACCCUCUCUUUCCUUCACGCAUCCCCCUUCCCUUUGAAUCCUCCUUCGUCCUCAUCCUCCCCAGUUUCCUUCAUUUAUUACAGGUUCCCCUUCUCCCUCUGAUUCCGAAAAUUCCAGGGUGUUCUCUGCCAAACAACAAAAAAAAAUGUCAGUCCCGGCGAUCGCGCUCCCCUCAACCGCUUACGGGUCCCUAUGCGAUCACGAUCCGCACCCGAACGCGAAAUCGAUCGCCGGCGGACUUUCCCGCCUUUUUUCCUCCUCCCCUUGUUCGCCUUCAUCCCGCCACAAUCCCCCUUCCACCGUCAGCUUUGGCGGUGACGACACCGCCGCCGAUUUGACCCUAACCAGCUCCUUCUCAUAUUCCUGCAGCCCUUCUAGAAGCUUCUCGACGUCGUCGUUUGGGGUUUCGGCGGGGAAAGAUCGGGUUUUUAGGAGUUUUAUUGCGAGUGCGUUGGGUUCUUGCUAUGAUUAUGAGGGAGGGAUUGAGGUAGAGGAGUUGGGGUUUGAUUUUGGGGGGAGCUGCGUUGAGCCUUAUGUGAGAGAGCUGCUUGUGGGGGCUCAAUCGAGGCAUAAGGUUUUCAAUGAGGAGUUUGUUGUUAGGGCGUUUUAUGAAGCUGAGAAAGCUCAUCGAGGUCAGAUGAGAGCAAGCGGUGAUCCGUACUUGCAACAUUGUGUGGAGACGGCGCUUUUGUUGGCGAAGAUUGGUGCUAAUGUGACGGUUGUUGCUGCAGGACUUUUGCAUGAUACGCUUGAUGAUUCUUACAUGGAUUAUGAUUAUAUUCACAGAAGGUUUGGAGCUGGACUUGCUGAUCUUGUUAAAGGGGUAUCAAAGCUAAGCCAAUUAAGCAAGCUUGCUCGUGAAAACAAUACUGCAAGCAAAACUGUUGAGGCUGAUAGGCUGCACACAAUAUUCCUUGCAAUGGCUGAUGCCAGAGCUGUACUUGUAAAACUCGCAGAUAGACUCCAUAACAUGAUGACACUUGAAGCUUUGCCUAUGGUCAAGCAACAGAGGUUUGCAAAGGAAACUUUAGAGGUUUUUGCUCCUUUGGCUAACCGAUUAGGAAUUUCUUGUUGGAAGGAAAAGCUAGAAGAUUUGUGCUUUAAGUAUCUCUAUCCUGAGCAUCAUAAAAUGCUGUCCUCCAAACUUCUGAGAUUCUUUGAUGAAGCAAUGAUUGCAUCAGCUAUAGAGAAGCUAGAACGAGCUCUCAAGCGUGCAGGCAUUUCUUAUCAUGUAUUAUAUGGGAGGCACAAGAGCUUGUACAGCAUCCACUCCAAGAUGGUAAAGAAGAAUUUAACCAUGGAUGAAAUUUAUGAUAUUCACGGCUUACGUUUAAUAAUGGAGAAAGAAGAAGAUUGUUACUUAGCACUCGACAUCGUUCAUCAACUAUGGCCUAAACUCCUUGGAAGAGUCAAAGAUUACAUAGCUCAUCCUAAAUUCAAUGGGUACCAAUCUCUACACACUGUUGUUGCAAGUGAAGAUACUAUCCCGUUGGAAGUCCAGAUACGAACCAAGGAAAUGCACUUACAAGCAGAAUGUGGGUUUGCUGCCCAUUGGAGAUAUAAAGAAGGUGACUGUCAGCACUCGUCUUUUGUGCUCCAAAUGGUUGAGUGGGCGAGAUGGGUGGUGACAUGGCAGUGUGAGACGAUGAAUGCUGACCGACCCUUUUCUUAUGGAGAUUCUGGAUCUAUCACGCCCUUCUGUCCAUUUCCUUCCCAUUUAAAUGAGUACCCGUACUCUUCUAUACCUUGGUGUGAUUAUGGUGGGCCCAUCUUCGUCAUUUUGUUGGAAAAUGAAAAGAUGUCAGUGCAGGAAUUUGCACCAAACUCCACAAUAAUGGAUCUAUUGGAGAGAAUUGGGAGAGGGAGCCCACGGUGGUCUAAUAACAAUUUCCCAAUGAAGGAGGAGUUGAGGCCUAGGCUGAACCAUCAACCAGUAAAUGAUCCCAGCCAAAAGCUUAGGAUGGGUGAUGUUGUGGAAUUAUCACCAUCUAUCCCUAACGAAUCCUUAACAGAGUACAGAGAGGAAAUCCAACGCAUGUAUGAUCGAGACCUGAGUGUAUCAAGUUGGGGUCGAAGGCGAAGAUGACGAAGAUUUGUCUCUUGUACUAAUGCCAUUAUGCUUUCCUAAUUUAAAAUCCAUUAAUUCUUUGUACAUAUGUGUAAAUGUAUAUGUAUGUAUAUAUGUGCCAUUAAAACUUUGAUAGCAAUUGCCUUUGUUCCGGAACAGAAUCAGAUUGAAGAGGCUGUGUAAAUUUCCAGUUCAGAUAUCAAUAUAUGUGUAUAUGUGCUUACAAGU